CCUGCCCCAGACCGACACGCCCUCACCUCGGCCGCCUGGCGCCGGUGUUGUCCAAGAUGGAGGGCGCCGUAUUGGCGCCGCUGCCCGUCCGGCUGUUGCUGUUCGUGGCGCUGCCAGCCGCGGCGUGGCUGACCACCAGCGCGCCCAGGCCGCCGUCCACAGCCCCGCAGGAUGGCAUCAGGAUCAAUGUAACUACCCUGAACAACAGUGGAGGAGUGUCUAAAGAACAGGUUGUUCUUAACAUAACCUAUGAGAGUGGACAGGUAUAUGUAAAUGACUUACCUGUAAAUAGUGGUGUAACCCGAAUAAGCUGUCAGACUUUGAUAGUGAAGAGUGAAAAUCUGGAAAAUUUGGAGGAGAAAGAAUAUUUUGGAGUUGUCACUGUAAGAAUCUUAGUUUUUGAGAGGCCUGUAACAUACAUUUCCAGUUCACAGCUAAUUGUCAUUCAAGAAGAGGUUGUGGAAAUUGAUGGAAGACAAGCUCAACAAAAGAAUGUUACUGAAAUUGUCCUUUUAGUUAAGAACCAGAGAGUACUCAGACAUUCAACCUAUUUCCUUCCUUUGGAAGAGAGCAUGCUUUAUUCUAUUUCCCAAGACAGUGACAUUUUAGUCACACGUCCCGGCUUCUCCAAGAAAGUAGGACCUGUUAGCUCACUGCAGACCACCAGCCACUACCUCACCGGGAACGUGGCGAGCACUGUGGAUGGAAAUGCUUUACCUGGCAAGUUGCCAGAGACUCCUCUCAGAGCAGAGCCUCCAUCUUCAUACAAGGUCAUGUGCCAGUGGAUGGAGAAGUUGAGGAGGGCACUGUGUCGGUUCUGGAGCAGCGUGUUCCCCGUGCUCUUCAUGUUUCUCAACGUCAUGGUGGUUGGAGUUCUGGGAGCAGCAGGAGUCAUAGCGCUGUUAAAGCUGCUUUUCCCGGUGUGUGAGAACAAAGGAAUUCUUCAGGUGGAUAAAAUGCAUGGGAUCUCUGUGGUACCUAUCAUCUUAUACCCAGACGGCUCUGAGAAAACAGCAGAAAAACUUACAGAUAAAGUGGAUAUUUAAAACACCAUCUCCAAUCAUGGACUCUAUUGUCUAUUGUCCCCAGACUUGCCAUGUGAAUACCAUUUUAUUUAAAUCAUUAAUCAGUUUAUACAAAGAAAUUGCCAAAUGCCCAAGACCUUUACAGCUAGCUGCCUUUUCAGCGUGAGGUUACAGCUCACUCAUUCCACGCAUGGCUGGCUGUUCAGAAGAUAAUUACUAAGGAAAGCUUAAAUGGAAAGGAGAUGACUGAGAAAUAACCAACCUGAAAGAAGUGAGACAAAGCCAAGUGCCAAGAACUCCCAGGUGCCUUUGCUGCAGAAAUUGUAUCUAUUUGAUUACUAUUGUAAGAUUUUAUAAGAAGCACUUUAUGAAAUUCUAAUUUAAAAGCUAGAGAACUUAACACUUACUUUUUUUACUCAGUACAAUGUGCCUUUAUAUCACAUACAUGACUCAGUAUAAAAAUCACUGAAGUGUAUCAUGAUUUGUGUCUGUACCAAAACUUGUUACCUUGAAUGCACCAGGAUUUAUAAUAGUGACAUGGUCUCACUCUAAAAUAAACUUUUUUUUUUUAAAGAA